CCAGCGUUCCUCCAUUUAUCCAUUUUUUCAGUCGCUUUUCUCACUCCUUCUCUCCCUCCCUCUCUGUCUAAGUCUCACCUUCGCUCUCUGUUCCGCAUUUUCUCUCACUUAGGGUUUUAUAGUUUUCUGCUCUCUUUUCCUCUUCUUCAUUUGCGAUGGCGCAGGAGGCUCACAACGCAGGCGCUGCACCCAACGGAGCGGCUGUGAAGGAGGUGGUUUUCAAGGUGGCGAAGCCGUGGCUGUUCGUGGAGGCACCAAAGGCGAACGACGCCGUACAGUUUUACAAGGUGGCAUUUGGAGCCGAAGAGGUUAACCGUACUGUGCAUCCUAAGAGGAAGGCCGAGCAGGAGCUUCCUCUCCUUCUUUCUGCUGAACUCAAGCUUGGUUCCUUUUCCUUCCUCGUCUCUGACCUCAUUGCUGAUGACUCCCGUGCUCCAGUGAAAACAGUUGGAGGCGGAGUGGCUUUCUGCCUGGAGACUGAGGAGGUUGAAGCUGCGGUGGAGAAGGCUGUGGGUGCCGGAGCCAUCUCGGAGGAUGUGAGUGAGGCUGAUUGUUGCGGUGGUGAUGGGCGCGUGGUGAAGCUCAAGGAUCCGUACGGAAAUGUUUGGCUGGUUUGCUCGCCUGCGAGUGCCUCUGCUGACGUGGAGGCUUAAAAGGCGUUGGAUCUAAACCAUCAUGUCUCUCAUCUCUAACUUUUACUAGUACUCGAUCCAGUCGUAUUAUCGUUUUGUCUCAAACAGUCAAGUCCGGUAGCAUUGCAGAUAUUAAGCUAGUAUUAUUAAAUACCAGAAACUGCAGUAGCUGGUUAGAUGCUUAGAAACAUCAUUAUGGUAUUUUGGGUUCGAAACAAUGUUGAUGAUCCAUUGCAACUUUAAUUCCCUCUCUCGGCUGAAACGGCUUAGUAGUUAAGGUCUUGCAUUA